CUGUAGGUCGUGCGUGAAACAAGGUUUAGUGUAAUUGUACAAAUGUAAAACUACUGAUUAAACGAUUGCUGUCCACAAUGUUUAAUUGUUUCUUGUUGAUAGAGCCAAUGACUUCGAUGGUUGCGUGAUGGAAACGAAUUGGAAAAGUAUCGAUAUGUGUAAACACGCAUACACCGUAAGAGAGAGCCCUAGGAUUUUUUUCUUACCCCUUGGCCGGCCAUCUGCCGCUACGGAAGGGGCGGCCAAGAUGCACAGGAUCUGCGGGGUGAGGUUGAGGCUAGAGAAGAGGAAGAAGGAUGCGCCUGGUACAGUGAGACGGCAGACGAGAGAUGAUCUAUCCAACGUGAAACGAAGGAUGCACCUGGGAGGGAAAAAGACGGAUGGAGAACAGAGAGAAGAUCGAGGGAGCCCAUCAUUCGGGGGUCACGAGAGGAGCGACUUGCGCUCUGUCUGCGCGAGGAAGAGGAAUCGCAGAAACACGCACGAGAGAGCCGGGACACACGGAGAGCGCGGAAAAAAUUCUAUGAACUUGCGGUCGUCCGGAAUACAGUGGGCCCCGCGGUAAUGAAUGUGGGAGUUUCACACGGGUCAACGGAUCGCUGCCUUUUCUAGGGAUACGCGCAAGUCUCCAGACUACUACUGUGUGUCGGCCGGACUGAAAUGUGAGCGAGAAACAAAGUCAAUUCCGACGACGACGUAAUUUCUUGUCCGCGGAAAAUCGAGUGAGACUAUGAACGCCGUUGAUCGCGCUCGAGAGUGUUUUUGCGAUCCCGUGUAAUAAAUUUCGAGACUCGCUGUUAAUCGCAAAGGGUGCUACCGUCGUUCACGUCGGUGCGCACCCAGUGCGGGCGGAUCGUCUCGAUCGCCGUUAGCUCCGUCUCUGUCAUAUGUUGUUGAUGGACGCGGUGCAGUCGCGGAAUAGCGCGACCGACGAGAAACAUGAGGACCGAUAUUGACAGUUGACGAACAAGUGUCCAAGUGACAAGUGUCGGAUAAACUGAGGAGAGAGCGGGCCGCAGGUAGAAGAACGCGCGCGCGAGCGCGUGUGUUUUUCCGAAGGGAAAAAAAGACAGUGUUUUCGAUAUCUCCGGGGAAAAAAAAAAGAUCGGAUGGACUCGUUCGCGGCGGGCGAUAACGCGCGGCGGAGGUGAGAGGGAGGAGGGCGGAAGCGUGACGACGGCCAAGAUCGGGUCCUUUGUCCCGCUGUUCCUGACACCGACGCGCGCUCUUCGUCGCUUCCUCCUUCCUCAUCUCGUCCCCGCGGAUGUGAUCACAGGAAGACACGACGACUAGGCGUCAACAAUAACAACAACAACAACAGCAACAAUCAUCCCCCUUUCCACUCCGUCCCGGAGCCCAGGCUCUCGUUGUUGUCCGAGAAACGGUGAAACUCACGCGACGAGAGUCGAAGAUCGCAAACGCCACCAUGAGGAUCAAAAUGCCCGCGGUCAGGAUCGCGCAAGCGGAAACCUCGCAAGGUACUACGUCUCCAGACACCGUCCAAUGCGGGGGCUGUAGAGCGUCCUACCCCCUCGGCGAGAUCGUCCGGUUCAUCGAGCACAAGGUCAACCACUGUCGCAGCACCCUCCAGGGUUGUCACAGUCCGCCGGCGACGGCUGCGCCGGAGGACUCCGAUCCGGAGGACGCCCUCACCCUAAAGACCGUCGACCCGGAUUCGAAGCUGAACUCGGUGCCCAGCAUCUCCGCGCCCAUCAACAAGAGGAGCGGUCGGUUGGAGAGUCCGCCGACGCCUCAAGGCCCAGGGCCGGAUACCGGAAGUCCGAUCGACCUCAAGGCAAGCGCCAGCUCGACGCCGAAGAGGCGAACGGAGGCGCCAGACGAUGACAAGGAGGAUCUUCCGAAAAAACUGAAGAUCGAAUCCGUGGAUGCCGACACGAAUACAGUCAAUUCCGAGCCAAGAUAUCUGCACUGCUCGCAAUGUUCCCGGCGAUUAUGCUCGGCAUGGGAGCUUCUUCAGCAUGUACAGACCAUGCACGGCGCCCGUCUCUACUCCUCCUCCUCGUCAACAAACUCGUCAUCGAACACUCCGGCACCGAGUCCACCAACGCCUACGCCGACGCACACGCAUCAUCUUAGCCCGCCAAAUCACCUGAAUCUUAGUGGCAAGUCCACCGGAAGUUCCUCGGCGGCAAAUUCAUCGGGCGGUACGAACACGAGUGGCAGUAGCGGUGGCCGGCAACAGCUCCAGACCUCGGCGUCCCUGGUGGGCGAUCCUCUGCACAGUUUUUUGAGGCUACCCCAGCACUUGGAGCGAAGUUUCCCGCCUAUGUUCAGGCCCGAUUUCCUCACCCUGAAUCCUCUAGCAGGGUACAGAGGUCUGCAGGAACUGCAGACGGCCACGAGAAAUCUGCAGAAUCUGGGCGACCCGCUUCGCGGUAUGGACGGUUUGAAUCUGGGUGAUCCGUUGGUACGCAGCUCACUGGACUCGCUCAACAACGCCCGGAAUCUCGCAAAUUUGGCCGAACUGUCGCACGGCCGAAGCCUCGCUGGCCAAGCACAUCCACCACCACUCGAAGCGAACCUGGAUUUUUACUCAGCGCGCCUAAGGAGCCUCGCUAAUCCGUCCUUAGGCGCGGCUCCACCUACACCUAGCGGUAACCCUACGACAAAUCCCCCUCCUCCGCCGGUACCGCCGGUACCAUCGGUCCCCAUCGCCAGUAAUAUUGUACAGCCGCAGCAACAGCAGCAACAACAACAACCGCAACAGCAACAGUCGCAGUCUCAUUCUCAAGCUCAUUCGGUGGAACCACCUAGUCCGGCCUCGGUCAAUCCCACGAAUCUAAGCCACGGCAAUCAUCAGAAAGAAAAUUCGCCGCCCUGUUACAGUCAGAGCCCGGUGGGUCACCACAACAACAAUAAUUCGACCGACAGCGAGAAGACAAGCCCGCCAGUAGCUUCGACGCCGAUAAUUACCGAUUCUUCGUCGGAAACAGUUUACACAUGCGAGGUCUGCGACAAGAAAUUUCGCUUCCAAUCCAAUCUCAUCGUUCAUCGUCGCAGCCAUCGAGACAAGGAGAGGCAGUACCGAGAGCAGCAAGACAGCACGCAAGAUAGUCAGAGCACGCCGACGAAGUGCGAAGUGUGCGAUGUCGAGGUAGCGAGCUUCACCGAACUCAGGAAGCAUAUGAGGAAGGAGCAUCAGGAGCAUCUAAACUCAGCUGCCAGUCCACAGGGUAGCGUCGAAACGGUGCCGGACGACGGGUCCAGCUGUGACGAGAACAUGGAUCUGGAUGAGAUGGAGGAGAACGAGCAAAAAGCCGAACGCGAAGAUGUAGAGGAGAACACACCCGAAGAUUUGACGAUGAGCACCAAUCAAGGGCAAAGCGGCGAGGAGAGCGGAGGUCGAGUGGAAAAACCGGCCAGUUUGGUGGGCGAUCUCAUGGAGAAGUUCGGGCUAAGUAACAUCGCUCAAUACUCUGAGGCCUAUCGACAGGCGCUGCAAGAGAAUCAUCGCAGUGGCUUCCUCAAGACCGACUCAUCUUGUAAUCUCGCCAACUCUCUGAAUAACAACAAAGAGAAGGAGAGCGCCUCACCCACAAAUUUCAACUCCUCGACGACGCCCAACAUUUUUUCCGGCCAGGGGUUUCCGAGAUCUUCGGGGCCGGACUUUGGCGGUCUUUGGCUACCCAGUCCGCAUUAUUUGGAAAACAACGAAUUCCGUAAGGCGUCCAAGGCAACGACGUCCAGCCUGGCACUUCAGGGCCUGCCAAGCCCGUUGUUGAAGAAGGAGCGAAGCGGCCGAAACGAUACUUGCGAAUAUUGCGGCAAGGUCUUCAAGAAUUGCUCGAAUCUGACGGUGCACAGGCGAUCGCACACCGGCGAGAAGCCGUACAAGUGCGAGCUCUGCUCGUACGCCUGCGCUCAGAGCUCAAAGCUAACCAGGCACAUGAAGACCCACGGCCGACACGGCAAGGACACGUACAAGUGUCGUUUCUGCGAGAUGCCAUUCUCGGUGCCAAGCACACUCGAAAAACACAUGAGAAAGUGCGUGGUGGUGGUGCAGCAAGGUCCAAAGCUGGAUAUACCAUACCCGGUGAUUAAGGACGAGGAUUCUUCACUAAGCAGCCAGCUCAGUAAGGAUACUUGAUCCUGGAACGGAAGCCUACCGCCGAUCCCGCCGCUAUGGCCGCACAGGCCGCCAUAUCCGGUGUACUGAAAACAGGGAGGAAUAUUCCUCCUCGGCGACCUCGAGAAAGGGUGAGACACAUCUGACAAUCUGAAUCGCGUAGGAUUGGCUCAUCGAGAUUUCCACUGCGCGACUUUAGAAGCAUCUCUCGCCGCAAAGUAUCAGAGGUCACCUCUCGGGAUUAGGAGAGGUGGUAGGUCGAUGCGUGAUCUCGAGAAUCUCUCGACCGAAUGGCCUGGAAACGGCUCAGAAUUAAAAAAAAAAAAAGCAACGGGACGAUGUGAGGAAGCUGGGAGUUUUGACUGGUUCGAGGAAGAGAGGAUCCUCGUUCGAUUGCGAGGACUGGACAAAGCGCAAAGGCGGCGUUCACGUGACGGAAAAACAAGGAGACAGUAUAAAGAGAAAAGGUGCUUGAUGAGAAAAAAGAACUUGCUCCGCGUUUAACUCACUAAGAAAACGAACAAAUGGUUACCAGUUUGCGAGUCUCAGCACAGCUAUUUAAAUUAUGUAUCGCUAUAAAUAGUUAUAAAUAACGCGGAAACAAAGACACUAUAUAAAUAUAAAUCUGCAUAUAUAUAUAUAUAUAUAUAUAUAUAUAUAUAUAUAUAUACAUACAUAUAUAAAUAUAUGAAAGGCAGAUACAAAUAUGCAAAAUAUAAAUAUUAUAAAUAAGAUAACGAACAUGUAAGUUCGUGACUUUAUUAUCGCAUUUGAAGAUUAUUUAUUUAAUAAUAGAUAUAUAUAUAUACAUAUUGUAUAACGUAAUAUAUAUGUAUAAAUAUAUUAUGGAAACUUUCAAAACUCGCCGUGUAUGUAAGUAUACUAGAAAAACGAAUCGGAGUGAAGUUCUUUUUGUACAUUGCACAAUGUACAUUGCAAAUCGCUUCGUAAGAACGUGUCAAUGGAACCGACGCGUCUUUUUAUUUCGAAAGCAUCGAUUUACUUAGCCCGUAAGAAGAAUGGCGACUUUGAUGAUCCUGUGUAUAUAUAAUAUAUAUAUAUAUAUUUAAAAAUGCAUCGAUAUUUGAGAAAAACACACUGUUAUAUAUAUAUAUAUAUAUCAAUACUUAGAAUAUCGAAGAAAAAAAAUAUCCGAUUAAGGUAAUAUAUGAGAAGCUAGUAUCUUUAAGCUCUAGCUCAAUCCUAUGUACAAUGUAUUAUAUCUAUUAUCGGCGAUUCUAUUAUCUUUAUUAAUAUUAUUAUUGCCCUCAUUAUAUAUUGCCUUUAUUAUUAAUAUUAUUAUUAUUGUUUUGAAACAUGAUUAUUGUAAUUAUUACUAUUAUUGCUAUUAUUAUUAUUAGCAUUCUAUUAUUAUUACGUUUGUCACUAUUAUGAUUAUGACGGUUGCACAGUGAGUUCAAAAGCGCCGCUUUCAUUAUUUUAUUCCGAUAUUAAAUUAUUAUCGCAGAUGUUUUUAAAGAUUAAGAAAAUGCCAAAGUUGUUUAGGUUUACGGCCGUUGAUUUUGCGUCGCGCGCGACGCGUCCGUCGUUUAAUUAAUCGAGCCUGCGGCUCGAGAAUCCCGGGGGAAGAAAAAAAUAUUUCCAAUUGCGAAAAUUCCUCUCCUUCGACGGCCACUUCGCACGUCGGGGCCUAUCAUCAGCGCGCUUUGUUCGUUGAUUAUAUUUAUUGCCGUCACGGCUGAUCGGAUCGCGUCCGGCUUUCGCAGGAUUGAUACCGUACGUUGAUCCUGCGAAGAUCGUCCCGCGGCCAAACCCGAGGCGCAAUCAGAAUCGAAUUUCCGUUUUCUCUCGUCCUCGUCUGAAGACUGAAGCUUUCGAGGGCGACGUGACGAUCGUUUUUCAAGUUUUUGCGUUCCAUUUUAAAUAGCGAAAUAAUAUUUUUUUUUUCCUUUUUGUUUUCCUCAACGACGCUUCGUCGACGUAAACGUUUUCGAAGGGAACUGUUCCUAAAGAGAUAUAUAUAUAUAUAUAUAUAUAUAUAUAUAUAUAUAUAUAUAUAUAUAUAUAUAUAUACGUAGACAGUAAGGUUAAAGAAAUAACUUUGCGAUGCGUGAGAUAUGAAUGUGAAUAUCGAUUGCGUGUCUCCUUGUGAUUUUAUUGUGCGUGUUAUCCUUCUCGUUCCGGGGAUGAAUGUUGCGCGUGUGUGCGUGAAAACGAGAAAGCAUAAAGGCGAUUAAAAAAAAAAAAAAACUCAUAUCAGAUAGUUCUCUCAAUGUUAGACGUGUACGGUUCUAGAUAAAAAAAAAUCUCUCGUUAUCUAGUUAAAAGUUUGUUAGAUCGAUUCCAAAAUACGUACAUGCCAGGCUCCGUGCGUUUAUACGACAUACUGUAAAUAAUGGCACUGCCCGUAGCGAUGAGAUCCGAAAGCAGAGAGAGAAAGAGCCGCGUCGUCGAAAAGUUGUUUAAUGAUUAUAACAGGAACAGAAAAAAAGAUAAGUUCAACGCGGUGAUUUUUACUUUUUCUCAUAUAACGACGCGCUCCGUCAUUCGCGACUUGAUCGAAGGCGAUGAAGAUACGAGAAAAGCAAUCCUUUCUCGAAAAUUUGCAAGAACGAGAAUAAAGAGAAAAAAAGUGAAAGAGAGAAGUUUUUUUUUGACGGAGCGCCGUGUGUGUAAUCGACGAAAUAAAAAAUCCUGCGGCACAUCAUCAAUACUUUGAUUUCAAAAAGUUCUCCCUCCUACUCUUCUUGCCUUUCUUGUUCGAAUUCAUCCCACAUAGGACCAAGUUCCCUGCCACAUCGAAACAAAGGAGUGACACAUGCAAAUCUCGCGGCGGGCGAUCGGGCCGGCGGGACACGACGAGGACGAGAGCGAAUUUUUAUGCGAAGAAUAUUCUCGCGUUAGGGACACGACAAGACACUAUAGACGCGAUGAAUGGUAAUGCGAAUCUAGCACGGAAAUUGCCACGGCAAUUUUUCCUGCUCGACUCGCACCAAUCACAGAAUAUUAGCGUAAAAAAAAGGAAUCCACAAAAUAUAUGAUAUUGCACAAAUUUUCCUCAGUAUCUCGAUUAAUUGACAUAAUAAUUAAUUAAUAUCAAUCCCGUCGUGUCUCCCCCGAUUGAUUUCUAAUAUUUCUACAGGGUAAAUCAUGUAAAAUGCUAAAAGAUAAUCCCAAAACACAAACGUCAAGAGUAUAGUCGAGCGAAGUAUCUAGGCAGUCUAUAUAAUUUAAAGCUACGAAAUAUUUCCUAUAAUUAUAAUAAGAGAACGAGCACACACAGAAGAAGAUCCAUACACAAAGUCGAUUAUCGGGAGAGAAAAAGACGAACGAUAAUAUCGUAGCAGGGAAAUUGGAUUUUUAGGAAAUCUUCUGAUCCAGGGUAAAAUAUAAUCCGAAGCUCGGUUUCUAGGGACAGAAUGUGACCGGGUUAAACCUGGCAUUGAAACACUUUUAACCGAGGAUCGACAUUAAGGCAAUACAAAGAAAAAUAAGAAAUCCAGGCGUCUCCGAGAAAAUUCCGGCCAAGACUUGCGACAAACAUUGGCCGGGCUUUCCUCGCAGGGGUCCCUAAUUGUAAACAUAGCAGAUAUGGUGUAUGUCUUGUGCGAUUCAAAUAAACGACAUUGUUUUUAAAUAAUUUA